GGAAGGAUUUGAAGCCCUUGGACUUCGGAGACGUACCCUUUCUUAACGAAACUGUGUUUGUUGUUGGAUAUCCAAGAGGUGGUGAUAACAUUUGCAUUACGAAAGGAGUUGUCUCUAGGAUUGAAGUUGGCAGAUACUCUUACAGCAAAACUAGUCUAAUGACAAUACAAACAGACGCAGCUAUUAAUCCUGGAAAUAGUGGUGGUCCAGCAUUCAUGGAUAACAAAGUUGUUGGUGUAGCGUUUCAAGGUAAUAAGGACACAGGCUGCAUUAUCCCAACUCCAGUAGUUAAGCAUUUCAUAUCUGGUGCUGAAGAAAAUGACAAAUUCCCUGGAUUCUGCUCGUUGGGUAUAUUGUGUCAGCAUAUGCAGAAUGCUCGUAUGCGUAAUUACUUCAAGAUGACCCCUAAAAUGACAGGGGUUCUAAUAAAAAGAAUAAACCCGUUGUCGAGUUCUUAUGGUAUUCUGAAAAAAGAUGACGUUCUUCUCUCGAUUGAUGGUGUUUCCAUAGGAAACGACGAGACAGUUGUUUUCCGGAAGACAGAAAGCAUAGAUUUCAAUCACUUGGUUUCUAUGAAGAAACCAUGCGAAACAACAACUCUGAAAGUCCUAAGAGAUGGAAAAACACAUGAAUUCAAUAUCAAUAUAACCCCCGUGGAACCUCUACAUCCAGUGUCUCAAUUUGAUAAGCUUCCAAGUUAUUACAUAUUCGCGGGUUUGGUCUUUUUUCCUUCUACUCAGCCAGUAACGAUACCCAAAAAAGCCGGUGAACAGAUCGUCCUACUCUCUCAGGUGUUAGAGGAUGAGACCACUGUCGGAUACACGUUUUUGAACAACUCGCGGGUAAAGAAAGUGAACGGAGUGCAAGUGGAGAAUCUGAAGCAUUUACGUCAGCUCAUCGACAAAUGUUGCACUGAGGAUUUGAGAAUUGACCUAGGGAACGAUAAUACCAUCAUCAUCGGCUACAAGUCUGGGAAAAGAGCAACUCCUAAGAUUUUAAAACGUUAUGGAAUACCAGCGACCAUGUCUAAUGACCUUCAAUCUUUGUAACCGAAUUGUCUCUAACCAAAGAAAAAAAGGAAGAUUGUGAUUUUAUCACUUUGCUACUUGGUGGGUUUAAUGAUUUCUCUCUCUAUCAACUUCUGAUCA